CUUCCGGUCAUUGUGUGUGCUAGUUCCUGUUAUGGGAGUGUCCUGGAUUCUAGGAAUAUUCUACGUGAAUGAUAGUUUUUACUUCAUUCAGUAUAUUUUUGCAAUACUAAAUGGACUUCAGGGAUUUUUUAUAUUUUUAUUUCAUUGCCUCUUAAAUAAACAGGUAAAGAAUGCUAUUCAGCUUAGGAAUAGACGGAGAUCAUCGGUUAAAGAAACGUCGAAAAGCACGUUGAGGAGUACUUCGAAAGAUGAAAGGAAGUCGAAAGACCUUAAAGAACCAAGGAAAUCAUUUAUUGAUAGUGGCGAUUUUACUACUCAAAAUGACAGUGAUGAUUGGAAAGAUAAGAUGAUUGAUACUCAAUACCCGUCGCCGGAUGUGAAGUUUGCAACGCCGCUGGGAUUUUAUGGAAAUGGUAGACGAGCAGCUACAUUUUCUGUUGAAUCACGGGACAAAUUAACUGGCCAUGCUCAAACACCUCACAGAAAUCCAGUGGUCACUUAGAGGCUAAUUUAUUUUCGGCAAGACUUUGAAAAUGAAGACACAUGAUUCCAUGUUAACCACUAUAAGAUGUAAAAAGUUUAGUGUUUAAACGUGUGUAUCUGUUUUGAUGUUGCUUUUUUAACUAUAUAAACAAAAAUAGUAAAAUGUGUCAGUUUAAAACAUUAUCAAUAUCCUUGUUGUUGAUUAGUGCAUUUUGUAAUCCAUAUUAUUUAAAUUGUGCGAGUAUUAAUUUUUUCCUCAAUUGUUAUCAAAAGCCAAAACUUCUUGUGCUGUAUAAAGUGGCCCAUAACCAAAUUACCUCCAAUUAUUCUUGCAAACUUCGCCUUGGGAAAGUUGUGCUCAUAGCCGAUGCAUCGGCAUCAAAGUGUCAGGUUAAAGUUGUUUUUUUUGUGAUUAUAAAGAUAAUCAUUUAUUUAACUCUUUACAAGAU